GUCUAGUUGUUAACAUUGACAUUGACAGACCGUCUUGACCAACAGCCCUUAUAUUCCAUCUGCCUCCCCAACAAUGGCAACACAGACAGCGAUCGAACUGCAAACGUUCGAGCCCACCAUAUCCAUAUUGGGUGCUCCUCAGCGUAAAAGCUAUGAGACACCGGCAGAGCUAGAAGCGCCGCCCGCUGGCUCCACAACUUCGGAGGAGGCGGCAGCGGCAGCGACAACCACAACGACGGAUCCCCUCCUCCCCAAGGGUCGAGCUAUCAUCGUCAUCACUCAAGUCUGCGGCCUGACGUUCUUCAGCAGCUUCUGCAACGGCAUCGUCGUGGUAGCGCUGCCCGCCAUGCAGUCCGCGCUGGGCCUGCAGGAAGGCCUCCUCGUGUGGCCCACGUCCAGCUUUUACCUCACGGCAGGAUCGUGUCUCCUGCUGGCCGGGUCCGUGGCCGACGUUGCCGGCACCAAGCGGGUGAACCUCAUCGGAUCCCUUCUCAGCGCCGUUUUUGCCCUGGCCUGCGGUCUGUCUCGGACCGGAGGCGAGCUCAUCGCCUUUCGUGCCCUCCAGGGCGUCACGAACGCCAUCAUCACGCCCUCGUCCAUCUCCAUCAUCUCCAACAGCGUGGAGGAGGGCCGGCCUCGAAAUAUGGGCUUUGCAUGCAUGGGGUUCGGCCAGCCACUCGGCUUUUCUCUAGGACUGAUUCUGGCUGGCGUGUUUACCGAUACUGUCGGCUGGCGGCCGGCCUUUUACCUCCCUGCGGCUGCCAGUUUCGCCCUGUUCCUCAUAGGCAUAUGGGCUCUGCCGCAGGAUACUAGGCCAGGCGCCGGUGAGUCGAUAUGGAAGCGAGUUGCUUCCGAGAUAGAUUGGGUCGGAGUACUCCUGGCGAGCGCGGGGCUGGCAUCGUUGUCGUAUGUUUUGGCAUCAUUGUCAGCCGACAUCAACAGCAUUCAUAAGGCGUCUAGCAUUGUCUUGCUGGUGAUCAGUGGCCUCUCGGUCCUGUUGUUCGUUGGAUGGAUGAGUUAUCAGGUGAAAAACAAUCGCACAGCGCUGAUCCCCAACUCGCUGUGGCGUAGCCACGUCUUCACCAGCAGCUGCAUCAUGGUUCUGCUCACCAACGCCCUUACCAACUGCAUGGAGCUGUAUAGCAGUUUGUUUUUCCAACAGGUGCAAGGCACCUCAGCCCUCGGAGCGUCACUGCGGGUUCUUCCAUCUCUCAUUGCUGGUGCUCUCACGAAUAUCUCGACCGGCAUCUUCGUGAACCGCAUGUCGGUCUUGUGGACCGUGUUGAUAUCCUCAGUGAUGAGCACCACUGCACCGCUUCUGAUGGCCCUCACCCGUGCUGACCAGUUGUAUUGGGAAAAUGCCUUCUUCGCUCAGAUCCUCACGCCCAUCAGCUGCGACCUCCUCUUCACCGUCGGCCUGCUCAUCGUCUCCGACGUCUUCCCCAAGCACAUGCAGGCCCGCGGUGGUGCCGUGUUCAACACCUGCGCGCAGCUCGGCACCGCUAUCGGGCUGAGCGUGACGCAGGUCAUCGCCUCGUCUGUAACGGAUGACUCCUCGUAUGCUGACAAGUCGUCACCUGAUGCCCUCAUGGAAGGGUACAGGGUCGCAUUCUGGACCAUGUUUGGCUGGAUGGCUGCGGUGUGUGUGGCCUGCGUGGUGGGACUGCGUCGGGUAGGGGGCAUCGGUGUUAAGCGGGAUUGAUCCAGAGUUUUUGCAGAGUCACGAGUUAUAUGCCUAACAUUUGCACUCAAGUCUGAACUUCUGGCCGCCGUGAUGAGUGUUGUCAGAUACUCGGCUUUAUCUAUAGAAUCUGAUUAUUUUAUC